AUGUAUGGUGAUGCAAGAUUCCCUCUUCCUAUAGGACAAACUUUAGAGUCCCUGGGAGUGUACUAUUGUUGUAACUUUGAGCGUGUGAAUUCGGAUCAAAAGGAGCUCGCAGAAAUAACACUGGACCCCCUACCCCCCCAACUGAGCGCUGGGCCCACAAAGGGAUAUCUGACUAUGAUGGGUAGUCAACUAUCCCGGGUCCCCUGGGUCACUUUUCAGUUCUCGAUUUUUAUUCACUGCAACAUCAACUCCCAAGGAGUGAUAUGUUUAGAUAUUUUAAGGAUACUGGUCUCCAGACCUCACUUCUCCAAGGUUCUGCUUUCCAUCUGCUCUCUUCUUACAGAUUGCAUCCAGAUGUCUUCUGCCACCAAUCUCUAG